CAGCCUACGAUGAGUUCCAACGGGUGCGUUACUCUUGCUUGCGAUCGUUAGACAUCCUCAUAUAAUUUUCUUAGAUACAAAAUGGUAAGUCGGGUGCAUACUUAAUACAAUGCCUCUGGGGCCUGAGGCGUUUGCAGGCAUACCGUACAAGUAGCAAAUGCUACUCAAGAGUCAAUGGAUAGUAUCGAAUUUAGAUAUAGAAAUAUUCUACCUCUUGCCUUCAGCCGUAUUUAAACAAGGGUUGGAUAGUUUCUACCAACAAUGGUGGAGUGUGGUCAAACUCAACGUUCCAGAACAAUUCAGAGAUCUAUAUUUAGCACCCGAGCUUCGACUAGAAUCGUGGCUGAACUCUGCUUAUCGAUCAACCAUCUAUCAUUCUUCCCACUUGUGCCCUCAUUAUUUUCAUGGAGUUCAUCAUCCGAAACGUAGACUUUCAAGCCACUGAAUAUGAAGUCACAAAGAAGAUAGCAGAGGUUUUGCACGCGUGCCCCGGUCCAUUUGUGUCGGAUGCCGAUGCGCAGCAGCGUCCCAUCAACUUUAGAGUCAUGCUCGAAAAGAAUGAGUGCGGAGGCGUCCGUAACAAAGGCUUCGGGUCACUCAGACUGCCCUCUAAGCACGUAGGGCUGAAAUUCCGUCGGCUUGUUGACGGCGAAGAUGGUGUCACCAUCAAGGUCGGCAAAAAGCGUCUGAAAUUCAUCCCUACCACCAAGCACAUCCCAAACAACAUACUAGUCACCCUCGAAAAGGCUCCAUAUGUGGAUCCUGAUAUCGCCCAGAAACGACAGGAGAAGAUCGAUGCGUUAAGUUCAGACUUUCGAAUCGCUAAAGUGCAAAUUGGCAUAUUUUAUCGCCCUAGAGGUGCAAGCCUAUCAGAUCCACGUGCCUUCAGCGUGGAAUGGCAAUCCGAUCUUCUUAACGGACUUGGGUGGUUGAACUUCGAAUAUGAGCACAAACUGAUCCGUGCGAAGAUUGGUGAUCCAGCGCGAGGAGAACUGUUAUACAGCCUGAUCGUUACCUUCGCCAAUAUCAACAAAAUGGCUGUGGGUCGUGAUUUUGGUAAUCAAUACGUAUGCUUCGAUCUGUUCACGCCACCCAUUGUCGAAAGAGAAGACUUCAAUAGAACCCUUACCGGAACACACUCCGAUCAGAAGAAUUAUCGCGAACGCGUUGGUGCUAUACAUCCAGGGCAUGCGCAAAUUGCUCCGUACGCUCACCACAUACGCAUCAUCCUCUCCGAAGAAGGAGAUCUGGAGAAGUUCACGCAAUUCUGUAAAAUUGCAGAACUUCGUCCUCCGUUCUCUGGAGUCCGUAUUGAAGCCAUCUGCCAGGAAUUUUUCACGAGCAAAAGACUGGCUUGGGUACAAAGAUGGUUGAUAUCAUUAAAAUCAGACUGGCCUGUAGCGUUUCAGAUCGAGGCCCUUCUUCGAAAUGGUGUCGCAAAUACAAAGGAACUCGAGGAUCUGCGCCCGAAUAUUGAUGACCUGAUUCGCUACCACCGACCAUCUGCCGCGGCCAUCAUGCGAUACUUUGUGAUAAAAGCUGCGGCUCGUCCUCCAGGUCAAAUGAUCAACGAGUGCUUCGAGCUAGUGGUAAGGGAGAGGCUCGGGAAUGUCCGUCCCGAGGCGCCUCCUGGCCGCUUUUAUUGUCAUCGUGUUACAGUCACUCCAACUCGGCUCGUCCUCGAGGGGCCUAACAUACUGCAAUCGAAUCGCGUCAUUCGCGAGUACGAAGGCUAUGAAGGCAACUUCAUUCGAGUCGAUUUUCGUGACGAGGAUCGUCUCCAGUAUCGCUGGGAUAGGGAAGUAGAUGGAGCGAGCUUCGUCAGGAACCGUGUCGGGGGCUUGCUGAAGGAUGGUUUUGAGCUUGCGGGAAAACAUUUUGAUUUCUUAGCAUAUUCUUCAUCUGCACUGAGGGAGCAUGCUGUUUGGUUCGUUAGCGCCUUCCAGCACGACACCAAAGGACUUGUCAACGCACACACGAUAAGGGGUAGCUUAGGAGACUUCAGCGGAUGCAUCCAUUCUCCUUCGAAAUAUGCUGCUCGGAUGGCUCAAGCCUUUACAGCGACAGAUCCAUCGGUCAAGAUCCAUCGGUCCCAGUGGUCGGUAAUGCCUGAUAUCGAAAACGAAAACGGUGUUAUGUUUUCUGAUGGCGUCGGUACCGUCAGUGAUGAACUUGGUGAUUUAAUCUGGAAAACUCUCUGCGAAGCUCGACGAGAUGGUGGUGCGCACGCAGUGAAACCUUCGGCGUACCAAAUCAGAUUCCUUGGCUUUAAAGGUGUCGUUGCUAUUGACAAGCAACUCAAGGGAAUCCACCUCUGCUUACGAGAAAGUAUGAACAAGUUCAAGGAUCGUGGGGAAGAAUAUGCUAUGAUAGAGAUUGCUCGCCCCGUCGUGAAACCUAAUACUCCUCAUCUUAACAGACCUUUGAUCACAGUUCUAGAAGACCGAGGUGCCUCAAAGGAAACAUUUAUGGAGUUGCAGCAAAAGGUUGUUGCGGAGGCACGCACCGCUCACGACUCGGUUGAUUUAUUUGCGGCACUCUUGGAAAGUCAUGGACUGUCUCAAUCUUUCCGACUGGCAUCGACGUUACGGAAACUUAAUACCUUCGGUUUAGAGUUGAGCCCUACACAUCUUCAGCAGAACAUCGACACCCCCUUUUUGGCGCAGUUGCGGGCUUGUGCCAUUAACCACGUACUGCGAGCAGUCAAACAUGAUGCACGCAUCCCAGUCCCUAACAGCUACAUGCUGAUGGGAGUCACAGAUGAGGGACCUGCUUACGAGAAAAAAGGCUACUCGAACGUCUUCAAGCUACCUCCCGGUAAGAUAUAUGCGUGUGUUCACAAACCAGGGGAUAAUGAGCCCAUAUGGCUUCAUGGGCCUUGUAUGAUCUCGAGGAGUCCUGUCAUACAUCCAGGCGAUGUCCAGCAGUCAUAUGCUAUCGGAAGGCCUCCAAGUGAUAAACUCUGCCUUUUUGCUCACCUGAAGAAUGUAGUUGUAUUUGCAUCCACUGGUGCAACUUGUUUGGCAAACUCACUCGGCGGUGGCGAUCUUGACGGCGAUCUCUAUGAGAUUAUACAAUACCCACCCUUGAUCCUCCCGGAUCAUUAUGAUCCUGCGUCUUAUCCUGCAGGGAAGCUCUUCAAGAUCGAACGUGAAAGCACAAUCGACGACGUGUGUGAUUUUGUCGUGGAAUAUAUCAACUCAGAUCUUGUGGGGCUUGUGUCCGACAAACAUAUCACUAUUGCAGAUCAAGCUAGCGACGGAUCGUUCAACGAGGCAUGCCUGAAGCUCGCAGGCCUUCAUAGCCAAGCUGUCGACUACCCAAAGAACGGAUGGAAGGUCGACAUUGAAGAUAUUCCUCGCAACCUCAUCCCCUACAAACCUGAUUGGCAUGCAGCAGAGGUGGAAUCUCCCCGACCGACAGAUUAUUACGAGUCAGACCGGGCCUUGGGCCACUUAUAUCGCAACAUCCAGCUCGACGAUGUACCCACUUAUGUUCCUCAGCAGCUAGAAAAGCCGCUGAGUGAUAUUAUAUCCGUUACACUUCGUCCUCUAGUCGAACGACAGCUAAAGCGUCGUGAGAGACCUUCGAAACUCAAGGUCUCAAUGAACAGCAUAUACUCCAUGUACUUCGACGAACUCAUCUACGUUGCAACCUGUCACACACUCUCACGAGUACCCGGUGCGCGCCUGCGCGAGGAGGAGAUCAUCAUUGGAACUAUCCUUGCCAAGUGCUCACAGAAGCGAUUUAAAACUGACCGAACAUAUGCAAUGAGAGAAUGCAUUUCAGUCCUCAUUCGCGAUGUUCGAAGCAGAAUGCUGCCAGAGAGUAUGUUGGACGCGUCGCCCGACGAAGUGCGGGAUGGCUUAGAGAACGGGUGGUCUGCUUGGGCGCUGAGUCAGGAGAAAUACAAAGAGAGUCACGAGAAGAAAAAAGAGGGUUAUGGUGCGCAAAGUUUUGGUUUGGUUGCGUUGGGAAUUGUGCUGGAGUGUCUGGAGCAGUUGCAGGAACUGCCCUCGGCGCCAGCUUAGGAUAUCAUUGUACAAUGUAUAGAAUUUUUACUUAGAGAAGUGUAACCCAACGGGAGU